AUUUCUUCCAAUGAGUGACAUUACCAUUGUUGUCUCCGAUCCCGAGAAGCACGGCGACGGGCUCGACGCGUAUGUGAGCUACAAGGUGUCCACCAACACGACCCGGUCGGGCUUCCAGUCCAACUCGUUCUACGUUCGACGCCGCUACCAGGACUUUCUUUGGUUGCACACGCGUUUGCAGGAACUGAUGCCGCACGUCGUUGUGCCUCCGCUCCCAGAAAAGCAAGUGAUGAAGCGUCUUGCUCGCUUCGACCCCGAUUUUCUUGAAAAGCGCCGGCUCGGACUCCAAAAGUUCCUCGAUCGUGUCGCGACUCACUCGAUUCUGUCGAGCAACACUGAGUUUCAAACCUUCCUCGAGGCUGCCACAUGGGAAAUGACCUCCGCCAAGAAGCGCGGCGGCGGUUUGUUUGCCUCGCUCGGCGAUUCGUUCAAGAACCUUGCGGCCAAAAUGAUUUUGAAAAACCCUGACGAACGAUUUGUUGCCAUUGCAACUUAUUUCACGGAUCUUUCGGCGCGCCUGACCGCGUUGGACAAGAUUAACACUUCCAUUUCCAAGCUUAAGACCGACUAUGCGACCGACGUUGCCGAGUUUGGCUCCGUUUUCACCCUCAUCUCGAAUUUGGAGACGGAGUUGUGCAACCCCUGCGUUGCCGUUGCUGGCAAGAUGGAGUCGCUUUCAACCUUGCUGAAGGAUUUGGCAUUGCAAGAGGAAGAAAACUACGUCAUGGCCUUGCAAGAGUACUUGCAAUACGCAGAAAGCGUUCGUCUCUUGCUCAAACGCCGCGAUGCGCUUCAAUUGCACUGCGAAUUGAUCGCCGAGGAGCUCGAGAAGAAGCGAACCGAAAAGGAUUCCGUGGAGCGCUCGGAUCAAAAACGCUCGUUCGGCACCAUGAUGGGCAAGGAUCCCAAUGCCGUCAAGCAGGAGAAGGUGAACAAGCUGGAACAACAAAUUAGCGAACUGCAGGAGGCAGUCGAAAAGGCCAACGACGAAAACCUCUCGGCCAACGAAUCCAUUCUUGCCGACAUUGAUCGCUGGCACAUUACCAAGAAGGAAGAUCUGAAGGCCAUCUUCUUGGCCAUGUGUGACGUGCACAUCAAGUCAUACCAAGAGACGAUCAGCGCUUGGGAGUCUCUUCUUCCGCAACUCGAAGCAAUCCCGAACUGAGUUGUGUUUCUGAAUGCCUUGCUUUGUGUGUUUGGUCGCUUCUUCCGCUGCUCGGUUGAUUCUUUAUGGUUGUAUGUCGCGCCUGUCGUCGUUUUACGUCGUCUUUUGGUGCUUUUGCUUGUACAUGUCCUGCAUGCUUCCUUGUCAUGCGCUGUCAAUUUCUCUUGAUCCAUUUUUUUUUUCUGCAAACCAGUGUAGAGUCGUUUGCGCAGUUCUAUCAUUUUCUAU